UUUAUAAUUAGCUUCAUACUUCAUUUAUAAAUUUUAGGGCAGGGUUCAUCGAUGAUUAAACAAUCUUAAACCCAGAUAAACAAAACUUUAUAUCUUUCUUCUGCUACUAAAUACCAACAUAUUUUUAAUGAACAAAAACUUUAAAGUUCAGUGUGAUAAGAUUAAUUUCCUUAUUUUGUUUAUGAUAGAGUUUAUGGAUUGAAUGGUUGAUGUGCAUGUGUAUGAACAUGAAUUGUCUGAUUUGUCUACCAUCUUUGAAUGAUAAAAAUGUAUUUUUGACCCAUGGAGGCAAAAUAAGCCAGAAUGUGCAAAAGCUAAUUUUGAACUAAAAGUGAAUAUAUAUGUAUAUGUGUAUAUAUGUGUGUGUGUGUGUGUGUGUGUGUGUGUGUGUAUGUGUAUGUAUGUAUGUAUGUGUAUCAUUUACCUUUUAACCUUUUUUGCAUAAACAUCCCAAACGAGCCUAAUAACGUUCACAAAUGGACAAAAUUUUGAUUAAACCUCAAACACACAAAAAAGAAUAAAAUUAUUGUGGUCACAUUAUCAGCACAUCAUCAAAAACAUCAGCACCCUAGGGAAACUAUAAGGAAAUUGAAAUGGCAGGAAUCAGUUCAGAUUAACACCUGCAAAAAGAAAAGACAUAGAAAUGGAGAAGUUAUUCCGGAAACUCCAUGUUGAAGUCAAGCACUUCAAUAAACAAAGAGCUGCAGAUGUUCUUCAGAUAACUAAACACUCAUUAAAAUCCCAUGAGUUUUAUUCUGAAAAGGAGCUGGUUCAGACUUUUAUACAAAACUUAAUGAUGAUGAACUACAGAGCAAGAUACAUUAAAACUCCAGAGACCAUCAAACAGUAUCAAACACAACAAACAGACAAUGACUUAUCUGAAGAAGAGAGUGAUAUUUUUGAUGUUUUCAAUAACACUUCUCAGUCCGAUCCUGUUCACCCAAUGGAUGUUCAGAUGGCUGUGUUUCAUUGUGCUGAUAGUUUCCUGAAGCAGCUGAUGGUGACUAAACUGUCUCAGUGUCAGUACGCUCUGCCUCUGUUUGUUCUUGAUCCAUUCACACGACAGAUUGAGUUUCCUCUCUGGACAUUCAGACAAAUCAACAAGAGCUGGAAGAUGAAAAACACAAAGGGUGAAAUCAUCAGUCAAAGCCAGCCGAUCUACAAGACAAAAACUCCAAUGGUGUUUUUCUUCAGAUUUGGCCCCGUGUCUUCAUCCAAGUCUCAGAUGAUGAACAGUCUGAUCAAUGAGAAACACAACACGUUCUUCCACAGGAACUGUCCAGGAAGCAGCAAAACCAGAGUCCUGAUGGAUGGAGUGGUGGAGAUCGCCUGGUACUGUCCUUCUGGAACAGACACAGAUAAAUUUAUUGACUGUGUGGCAUUCUGUAAUCUACAUGGUGAUGCAGGAAAACAUGAGAAACAACUGCAGAUCCUUACUGAAAUGGCCUCAGUCAAUGUUGUUGUUCUACCACAAAUGGACAGGAAUGACAGAAAUGCAGCAAAAAUCCAAAACCUGUACAAAGACAUAAAGCCACUCAUUUGUCUCAUUGAUGAGAAUAAUUCUUCAGUAAGUAAGACAAAGAAAGGAAAAUUCAAAAUUGGUUUGAAAGACAGAAAUCAGGCAGAUGUAUCUGAAGAACUCAGAAAAGUCAUAAAUGCUUGUCUCUUAGAAUCAUCUUCCAGUUUCAGACUUGAAGAUGUGUCCAAACACUCAGAUAUCACAGUAGAUGAGGAGGAAGAUGAUGACUGUAAGAGAGGAAGAGAAGCAGCACAGCAGAUAAUCAGUCUGCUAAAGGUGAAUGAGUUGAGAGAAAUCAAAGAAUCAUUUCUGCCUCAUCAGGGAAAACUGUGGCAUCAGUGGUGUCAGAACAACAAAAAACUACAUCGAACUCAAGGGGAUAAGACAGAAUGGGGAAAAAACACUGAAAUCCGUCACCAACAGCAUGAACUUUACACCAGUGACUUCAUAAAGUGCUUCAUUAAAGAAACUAACUCAUGUUAUCAAAAUCAGAAGAUGUUUUUUCUCAAAUGGCUCAAAAUUCUCCUGGAUGAACAUACAUCAGCUGAUCUUUCUGCUCUACAUCACGAGUAUGAUGUAAAAUGGUCAACAGUCUUAAAACUAAAAGAUAAUCAUGACAAGUCAAAACAACUUCAGAAUGAACAAACUCAACUUGAGAAAAUAGCUGAAGAACUUCAGGCUGCAACCUUUGGUUUGGAGCACAUAAUGAGGGAUAUCGGACAAAUCUAUGAAUCAUGUUUAUUUGUGAAGAAGAACAAAGCAGACCUGCAGGUUCACUUCUCUUCUCUCCCGAGUCUUGCAGCAGAGAUGAUGAUCUCUGGAUUUCCAAUGGAGCUGAUGGAUGGAGACGCUGUUCAUGUUCCUCUGGUCUGGAUCUCUGCUCUUUUAGACCAACUAACCCAGAAACUGGGAGACCAGACCAGAUUUUUUGUCCUCUCAGUUUUAGGGAUUCAGAGUUCUGGAAAAUCCACCAUGCUGAAUGCCAUGUUUGGACUUGAAUUUGCUGUCAGUGCUGGCAGAUGCACCAGAGGAGCUUUCAUGCAGCUGGUCAGACUUUCAGAUGAGAUGAAAACACAGAUGGAUUUUGACUAUAUUCUGGUUGUUGAUACUGAGGGUCUUCAUGCUCCAGAACUAGUUGGAAGAUCAACAAGACAUCAUGAUAAUGAACUAGCCACAUUUGUUGUAGGCCUUGCAAAUCUAACACUGAUAAACAUCCUUGGAGAAAACAUUGCUGAGAUGCAGGACAUUCUUCAGAUUGUUGUUCAGGCCUAUCUGAGGAUGAAGAAGGUCAGACUGAAUCCCAGCUGUGUGUUUGUACAUCAGAAUGUUUUAGACAUUACAGCAAAAGAGAAAAACAUGGAGGGUAAGCGACGACUGCAGGAGACACUGGAUAAGGUGACAAAACUCGCUGCUAAAGAGGAAGGCUGUGAUGCAGAAUGUUUCAGUGAUGUCAUUAAAUUUGAUGUUCAGAAUGAUGUGAAGUAUUUCGCUCAGCUCUGGGAAGGCAGCCCACCAAUGGCACCACCUAACCCAAACUACUGUGAAAACAUUCAAGAGCUUAAGAAAACUGUUCUAUCUCAUGCUUCAAAAUCACAUGGAAUGAAUCUGACACACCUCAAAGAUCAUAUUAAAGACCUCUGGGAGGCUUUACUAAAGGAACAAUUUGUCUUCAGCUUUGGAAACUCUCUGGAGACUGCAGCCUAUACUAAACUGGAGAAUGAAUACAGCAAGUGGACCAAUAAACUUCAGAAUGCCAUGACUGUAAUUGAGAAAAAACUGUACAACAAAAUAAAAAAUAAAACUGUUUGUGAAGUUGAUGAAACUGAACUUGAAAGAGAAGUGACUAAGACAAGUAAAAAAGUAGAAAGAUCAGUGUCAGAAUUUUUUGAGAAAGAUGCUUAUGCAGAAAUACUGAGUAAGUGGAAAACAUCAUUUGAAACAAAAAUCAAAGAGUUUGAAAAAAGCAUUGUGAGAGAAACAAAACUGAGAUUGAAUGAGAUUCUGCAGGAUCAAGAUCUUGAGAAAAAGAAUGAAAAGAGAAAACAACUUGAAAACACUCUAAUUGAAAAGAGCAAAGAACUUGCCUUAGAACUCAAAGACAAAGCAAAUGAUGAAGAAACAUUGAAGAAGGAGUUUGACUUUAUUUGGGAAAAGAGUGUGAAGAUCAUCACAGAUACUGAUAUACUGAAUGAUGUGACACAGGUUCUCAGUUGCUGCAAACAGGGCAACAAUUACAAUAAUAUUCUUGCUGUGUCAAAUUACUCUGAAUAUGUCAUUUUCAGAGAGUAUUCAAAAAAGCAAUUAACUCUCACCACAGUAGAUCAAUACCAAAUAAAAUCUUUUGUCAAAGACGUUGUUCUGAAGACAAACACACUGAUUUCAUCCUUUAAUAUUUCAGUGAAGGGCUACAACAUCAGCUGUAUUCAACAACUAACAGAUUGCAUCAGAAAGAGUAUAAAAGAAUAUCAGAGAAAAUGUGAGAAAUAUGAUUUUCAGGAAGAAUUCUUUGUAAAUUUGGUUUUUUGCAUCUGUAACAGAGCAAAAGACAGUUUCAUUCAACAACACAGACUGUUCUGCGAAGCCAACGAUCUUGAUCUCUAUACUGAGAAGAAGAGAGAAGAGUACUAUAGUUUCUUCCAGAAACACUGUCAAGGAGCAACAUCAAUUGCCAUUUUUGGUGAAAUAAUUUGUCAGAAACUUAAAGAACACAUUGAGCAGAGUUUCUAUGAGAAGACUUCUAGAGAUUUGGCAAAAGAAAUAAGAUCAAACUGUGAAUCUCUGAAUGGAAACAGAUCAAAUCUGGAAAUACACAUUCUGAAGACACUGGCAGAAGAGGAGGAUUUUGACAAAUACAUGAACUAUUUUAAAACUCCCAGAGAUCACUUGACGAGUUUCAUCAGAGAUGAAGUCAGUCGGUACAUCGCCGGUCAGUUCAGUGUCAGUGUUUUACCAAGGAUAGAGGAGAACAUUGAACUCCUGCAGCAAAAAAUCAUAAAAGCAGCCCAUGAAUCUACUGAACAUGUUCAGGAGAAAAGAGGAGAUGUUGUUUUGUGGUUGAAGAGUUUCACGCAGCAGCUCUCCGUUCAGCUGCACUUCUCUGAAAAAGACCUCGGUGUAGUCAGACAUGAUGAUUUCAAACUCCUGGAAGAUGUGAUAAAACAAGAACUUUCUGCUCUAAUGUCAGAAAUUAGAAGCAGUUUUUCCACAGGGACAUUUCCAGUAAAUCUGCACUAUAAAUUCAGACCAGAUGAGCUUCUGAUUGAUCACUUUUGUCAUUGCUGUUGGGUUCAGUGUCCGUUCUGUGGAGCCAUCUGCACCAACGACACAGAAAACCACAGAGGAGAUCACAGUGUUGCUUUACACAGAGUGAAUGGAAUUAAUGGACAUUAUUUCACAAACACACAAAAUCUCUGUGCUGAUAUUUGCACAACUUUAGUGACAAGUGAUCGUACUUUUAGCGUGACCAAUAAAACCUUCUAUGUUAGAGAAUACAGAAGAGCAGGAGGAAUUUAUGCAAACUGGAGCAUCACACAUGACCUCUGUGAACUGCCCUACUGGAAGUGGGUUGUGUACAGAUUUCGCGGAGAUCUGGAAAAACAAUACAAAAAAACAUUUAAUGCACAUUCCCAUAUCCUAAAUAAUUGGAGGGAAUACACAAAACAGGAAGCUAUUGAAAGUUUAUAUAAACUUUAUCUGGGCAGUGGACGCUAAAUGGAUUCUCAAUCUCCUCAGAUCAGUCAAAGAAAGAGAUUUGCACUGCUGACAUUCAACAAGUCUAAAAGGGUCCAAAUCACACUUCAGCAUCCUCCCAUUCCACUCUUAUGGAUCUAUAUCCCCUUCAGACAAGUCAGUGAUGCCUUGUACCAUUACAGAGAGCUGGCAUAAUCUUCCUGGCAUAAUCUUUAUUCAAAAUCCAGAAUCUCUGACAGUAUUGAAGAGUCAGUAGUAAAGUCCUCUUUUUCAUCAACAUUCAACUGCAUCCUAUUCAACUGCAAAAUGUCAACAUCAAUCAAGGCCAAAUCAUGUCAAAACAGGAGGAAUGAAGUCCUGAAAUAAAAUGCAUCUAUCUUGUGUGGGACCGAGAAGUCAAAGACAAGGAACACCAGCAGUCACUAGAAAAAACCCUUUUAAUUAAUCUAAAAAAACAAACCAGGCAGACAGAGACAGACCAAAAAAACAAACGCCACCAAAAUGGACAACACAACAGCUUAUAAAGAGAAAGAUGGGCCCAUUACAAAUUAAGAGGGAAAUCAACAACACUUUACAUUCUACAAGAGAAAUCAAAUCAAAAAGAUAAACCAGGCAAAAGGAAACACUAAA